AUGCGAAUUUUUCAAUCACCAAACUAUCUAAUUUAUCGAAUAGGAGGAAUUAAUUCCUUAAAUUCAUUACUGACUAGAUUUUAUGGAACAGCAUUUAAUUUCCCUUCUCUCGUACCCACAGAUUGGGUGGCACAAAAUCAAGACUCUAUUGUUACAGUUGAUGGAUCAUGGCAUAUGCCAAAUUCUAAUAGAGAUGCAUAUCAAGAAUAUUUUGAAAGAAGAAUGAAGACAGAUCAUGUGGUAGUUUAUGAUUCAGUUGGAAUAUUUUCUGCUACAAGAGUUUAUUGGACAUUCAAGGUUUUUAAUCACAAAAAAAUAUCAAUUCUUGAUGGUGGAUUGCCAAAAUGGUUAGCUGAGAAAAGAGAAAUUGAAAAAUUAGUUAGAAAUUAUAAUGAUAUUAGAAAGAAUAUUAAUGCAAGAAGUGAUCCAGAGAACUUUGAACAAGUUCUUGAUGCUAGACCUGAAGCACGUUUCACAGGAGAAGAUCCAGAACCUCGUCCGGGACUUCCAAGUGGACAUAUGCCAUAUUCUAUUUCUGUGCCUUUUAAUUCAGUUAUUGAUCCAGAUACAAAAUGCACUUUACGUAAAGAUGAAGAAUUAACGCAAUUGUUUAAAUCAAAAAAUGUCGAUUUAACAAAACCAAUUGUAUUAAGUUGUGGUAGUGGAAUCACUGCUACUAUAUUAUAUACUGCUUUAGAGAAAAUCGGUGCAAAGAAAUUAGCUGUUUAUGAUGGAAGUUGGACCGAAUAUGCUAGUAAUGAAGAUUCCCCUAUUUAA